AUGGAUGCCGCAACUCCACUGAAGCGGUCAUCCGAGGAUGCAAAUUUAGAGUCGCCCCGAGUAAACAACACACGGUCUGCGCCCAAGAUCUCCAAAGCUCGUGCCUGCGCCGAAUGUAAGCGCCACAAGAUUCGCUGCGAAUUCCGACCAGGAGAGUCAAAUUGUACAAAAUGUAUUCGCAGCGGUAUUAAAUGCGUUAUAAAUGACUUUUCGCAAAAGUUUGUCGAGGAUGAUGGGAUCUGGAAAUCCCAGGCGAAUGCGACCAUGCAUCAGCUGCAGGCAGCUGUAUCGCAUCUAUUGCAACAAGGCGGGUUACCUGACCUCUCGACCUAUUCUUCUGGGGACACUGUGAAUCUCAAUGGACCCAGUCCCGCCACGUCGUCGCAUCAUGACCACCGUCCCUCAAUCGAUCGGGCGCAGACACACACCAGUCAUCAAGAGGGACCCGGGGUCGUGAUGGACGUUACUCGGGAGCCGUCGCCGGAGCAGGAUCUCCAAAACCCAGAAUUAGUUCCUGCUCCCAUGCGUAGUUUAUACGAGGUGACGAAAUUACGAAAUUUGAGGAACAAUCAUGUCGAGGCACCUAAGCAGACGUUGUUAGAGGAAGAUUUCAUCUCCCGGGGUCUGAUCUCGCUCCACGAAGCAGAGGAAUUAUUCGCAUACUUCAGUCGCACCAUGAACCAGCUACUCUGGGGUGGAAUAAUUCUUGUACACCGCGAUUUAACAUCCGUCCGUCGCGCCUCGACCCUUCUUUCGGCUGCCGUUUUGACCGUAGCGGCACUCCAUAUCCCGAACCGCACCGAAACCUUGAACCGGUGCUACAGCGAGUAUGUAUCGCUUGUCUCCAACAUGGCCCUCACGCGGGCCCACACUCUUGAUGACAUCCGGGGUCUCUGCGUGGGGGCUUUUUGGCUAUCUGAGUUGAGCUGGAAGCUGUCCGGACACGCGGUGCGAAUUGCGACCGAAAUGGGCCUUCAUCAAAGCUACCAGCGCUUGACUCGUGGACAUACAGAUCAGUAUGAACGCGCCCAACUUUGGUACUUGCUGUACGUAUGCGACCAUCAUUUUAGUAUUGCCUAUGGUCGGCCGCCUGUCAUCCACGAAGAUGUGGUGAUCCGCAACCACGAGACCUUUCUUGCGCUGCCGAUGGUUGUCCCCGGAGACAUUCGGCUUUUAGCCCAAGUUGCUCUUUUUAUGAUUCUGACCGAGGCGUAUCGGAUGUUUAGCAGCGAUACGGAGCAGGCAUUGAGUGAAGAGGAUUUUGGGCAGUUGCGCGUAUAUAACGUUGCAGUAGAUCAAUGGCGACUUCUCUGGCAACCCCGAUCCGCUGAUAGUGCAUAUGUGCGAACGUAUCCUUCCAAGGGAGUGGUGCUGCACUAUCAUUUCGCCAAGUUCCAACUUAACUCACUUGCUCUCCGUGCGCUUUCCCCGUCUAAUACACCAGUGUUUUCUAUGGAUCGCAAAGAAUCGGCAAAUAUCGCAAUUUCAUCGGCGAUGGCAUGCCUCAACAUGGUACUCGAAGAACCUGACAUUCGUGAUGCGAUUGUCGGAGUCCCCAUCUUUACUCACACUAUGGUUACAUUCUCCGCCGUUUUCCUACUCAAGGUUGCUAUAAAUUGGAAUACAGCUUACCUAAGUAUCAAUGCUCGCCAAGUACGACGACUAGUCGAGCGCGUGAUUGAAUUGAUGAAUUGUGUCUCUGCAGGCGAGCGCCAUCUCACCCGACAUAUCGCACGAGGAUUGGGCAAGAUGCUCGAGCGGUUCGAUUCCUGGGAAGCAGCUUGGCAGUUCCGGGGCAGCGCCCCUACAAUUGAAGGGCGCGAUGUCCCUGGGGGAGCCAACGCAAUGGCGCAAGGAUUCCCCCCGCCAGACUUGAUUUAUGGCAUGGUCGGGACAUAUGGAUUCGGACUUGACGAGAACCUGCUUGAUCCGAGUAUGGCGGAUUUUGAGUUCUUGACGCAAUGA